AUGGUUACGCCCUUCCUGAAUCGAAAAUGUUUAUUUCUUUUUAGGCAGGAAGGAAAACUAAAAGAUUUAAUAUGUACCAAUGUGGAAAAAUAUAUUCAUAAAGACGAACAAUUGCCUGUGCUACUUGACAGAAUUCGAUCCCAUGGUGCAAAAACAUUUCUAUUAACUAAUAGUGAAUAUUGGUACACAGAUCGUUUGAUGACCUAUUUACUUGGUAAAAAUAAUGAUGAAAAAGAAGAAACACAUGAUUGGAAAAGUUAUUUUGAUUUUAUUUUGGUUGAUGCACAAAAACCAUUAUUUUUCGCGGAGGGUACAACACUACGAUUAGUUGAUCCUAAAACUGGUAAUAUGAAAUUAGGUACUUAUAGUGGACCAUUGGUACAAAAUCAAGUAUAUAGUGGAGGUUCGUGUGACGUAUUUUCAAAAUUAAUUGGUGCAACUGGUAAAGAUGUUCUAUAUGUUGGUGAUCAUAUAUUUGGUGAUAUAAUUAAAUCAAAAAAACAAAACGCAUGGCGAACAAUGUUAGUUGUACCAGAAUUACAACAUGAAUUAAGUGUAUUUCAUGAGCAACGUUUAACAUUUAAUACUAUCGAAGAAUUAGAUAAUUCAAUCAGUAAUCUAUUAAAAAAUUUUAAUAUGACAUCCCAAUAUGGACCGGAUGUAACAGAAAUUAAAAAGAAAAUACAAAUUUGUACUCACGAACUUGAUAUGAAGUUUGGUUUGCUAGGCUCACUAUUUCGAACCGGAUCUCGACAAACACAUUUUGCUAGCCAAGUAACACGUUUUGCCGAUUUGUAUACUGGAACGGUUUGCAAUCUUGUUUAUUAUCCAUUUUUUUAUUUUUUUCGUGCUGUUCCACAACUAAUGCCACAUGAAUCAACUGUUGAUCCUGAGGAACCUUUAAAUUUUCGCGAAACACAAUGGGGUGGUGAUAAUCAACCAGAUUCAACAGCUGAUAGACGUCGAUCAACACUUUCUUAUGCUCAACCACACAAUACAGAUGUAGUAUUAAACUAUAAUCAUGUAUUACAACCGUAUCCCGAUUUACCAGAACGUAUUACUCACGAUCAUGAUGCCGAUGAUGCAGGUGAAAAUGAUGAUAAUCUACGUGACGUUAUCUAG